AUGAAGAUGACUUCCCGGAGGAGCCAUUAUGCAUUGCAGUUGGUUGGAGUGGUCUACUUGUUAGUGAUUAUUGUGCUGUGGUGUGACAACUCGUCGAGGAGGUCACUGGUGUUUAAUACGAAAGGUGAUUCACGUGUCAAACCUUUGUAUUUUAGUACGCAGACCCUUAUCAUGGUGCCUGGUCAUGGGGUUUUGAACGCGUUAAAUGCGUCUGACUGGCGAAAAGAAGAAAACUGGGGUGUUGAGCCACAUCAGCGUCGCGAAGGUGUUCUUCUACCUUACUGUUUUGCCUCCCAUAUCCGUCGUGGACUCGAGAUUCUCAAAAAUAAUCUGAACUCAUCAUUAUUAAUUUUUUCAGGAGGACAAACACGCGCGGGGACUGGACCACGAAGUGAGGCAUUAAGCUAUUAUCUUGUGGCAGAGGAAACGGAACUAUUUGGUCUUUUUGGUUCGCGGGCGGAACAAAAGAAGGUUCUGGAGAAACGUGUUUUUGCUGAAGAGUUCGCCAGAGAUUCCUAUGAAAAUCUUUUGUUUAGCAUUGCACGGUUUUACGAAGUAACAGGGAGAUUUCCUGAUAAAAUCAUUGUUGUGGGCUGGAAACACAAAAAAGAGCGUUUCACCAAGUAUCAUAGAAGAGCAUUGCGCUUCCCAGGAGAGAGAUUUGUGUAUGUAGGGCUUGAUUUUGAAGACGCUGGCCGAUUUGUGGACGAUGUGAAACCUUAUCUUAGGGCGUCGCCUUAUAGUGAUGCCAUUGCUCUCUCUUUUGUCAGGGAAGAUAUGUAUCUUUGUAGCGCCGGAGGAACGACUAGAACUCAACGGAACCCAUUGUUUCGUAGCGCACCCUAUGAGGUAAGUUCUCCUCCUCUUCGAUUUCUUUUGCGGCAUUGUGGUCCACGUCUUAUUGAUGGUAGGCUCGUUCCAUGGGGAUAA